AUGGAGGGGCAACAAAGAUCCAUUGGCGGGGUGAAGACGUGUCACAUUCAUGAUUUGUUGCAUGUCUUUUGUUUGGGAAAAGCUGAAGAUCAAAAUUUUCUACAUUUGAUACGAGGAUGUGAUGGAUUUCUUAAUUUUGAUGAACCACACUACCCAUAUCGGUUAUCUAUUCACUCUCAGCCAAAGCAUUUUGUGAAGUCAAAGAUAUUUUGUCCCCAUGUACGCUCUCUAUUACAUUCUUCUCAUGGUAUUGGGGGCCGUGGAGUAUCACACAACUCAUCCUUUGUUUGUCACCUGAAACUUCUUCAAGUGUUGGAUUUGGAACAAAUUAGUCUUGGUUUUACUUUCCUAUGUGAAUUAGGGUUGCUCAUUCAGUUGAGGUACUUGGCUGUUUCGGGUUGGAUCAAAUACAUCCCACCCUCGCUGGAAAACCUCUCGAAUUUGGAAACGUUUUCUGUGACAACAUAUUAUUCUGAUUUUGUUCUUUCAUCGUUGGAAGAUAUUUUUUGGAAAUUGCAGAAAUUGAGGCAUCUACAAGUACGUGGUGCUUUGAUUGAUCUUAGGUUGGCAAAGGAAAAUCCUGAAAGCUCCUGUAUGUUAUACAAUUUACACACGUUUUCCACUCCAAAGCUUUAUCUUGGGCAAAGCAUGGAAAAGAUGAUGAUGAAGUUUCCAAAUAUCCGCAGACUGAAAUGCUGUCUGCUACAGUCAGAGGAAUCUUCUAGUGAGGGCACAAGGAUCGUGGCAAUGGACUCUCUGAGUCAGUUAGAAUCACUAAAGCUGCUACUGGGUAAAGUUACUGCAAAUUGUAUUGAAUUUCAUCUCCCCUUGAAUCUGAAAAAGUUGACACUGGAGGACUUCUCAUGGAGUAUAAUUUGCACAAUCAGAAAGCUACCCAAUCUUGAGGCUCUCAAAUUAAUCCGGCAAGCAGAUGGGGAAGAGGAAUGGGACAUGGGAGACAUUGAAUACAUGGAAGAAGAGGAAAUCUUCCCUAAACUCAAGUUCUUGAAAUUGGAAUCCUUGACGAUGGUCAGGUGGAUGGGCACAGGAGUGCAUUUUCCCAGUCUUGAGAGAUUAAUUUUGGAGGGUUGCGCAGAAUUGGAAGAGCUCCCUUCUUGUUUACAGGAUACUUUUACUCUUCAAUUGAUUGAGGUGCAUGGAUGUCUAUACUCUGCUGGAGAUGUAGUUCGGGGCAUUAAGAAACAACAGAUGGAUUAUGGAAACAUGGAUCUGAAAAUCCUUAUCUCGGAAGAAGUUGACGAGUCUUGUUCAUGGUCAGAUGGAGAUUCAAACGGAUGGUUACCAGAAGAAAUUGAGGAGUCUUCUUCAUCGUCGGAAAUUCACACAGAUGGUCAGGCUAACGGUCAUCUGCCAUAA